AUGAGAUUACAGUUUCGCUGGCCCGGGUUGCGGGUACCGCAGACUCAGUCCAGCUUUAUACGUGGUGAUGGGAGAUGGACGAGCAAAGAUCUCGAUCCCGUGCCUUCUGAUAUGCGAAAAUGGACAGUUCUCAGCUUUAUUGGUUACUGGGUUUCAGACAGCUUCUCCGUUGCGAACUGGCAAAUGGCAAGCGGCAUCAUAGCUAUCGGGCUCUCCUGGAAAGAGUCUCUGGGGAUGGUUGCCCUGGGCUUUUUCAUCCUCUCAAUUGUGAUAUCCAUGAAUGGAGCUAUUGGCUCCAUCUACCAUGUCUCUUUCCCCGUCAUCGCACGUGCCAGCUGGGGCUUCUGGGGGUCUUAUAUUCCUGUCAUUUCAAGGUUGAUUCUUGCCGUAUUUUGGUUUGCAACUCAAGUGGUGAAUGGAGGGAAUUCCGUUGCUGUCAUGAUAGGAGCUAUCUGGCCGAGCUUUUUGGAAAUCCCGAAUACGCUCCCAGAGCAUGAGGGCAUCACGACCCAAGGCAUGGUGGGAUUUCUAAUCUUUUGGCUGCUUCAAAUACCCUUUCUACUCAUCCACCCCAACAAGCUGCGCUGGCUGUUCCUUGUGAAAUCGAUUAUUGUUCCCACUGCAUGGGUUGCCAUGCUAAUUUGGGCCUUUGUCAGCACUUCAAACGGAGGCCGCAUCUUUUCCCAGAAGAGUCGGCUGACAGGAUCGUCAUAUGGCUGGGCCAUGAUGUCCUCUCUCACCUCAGUCAUUGGGAAUUACGCAACUCUUAGCGUCAACCAAGCCGAUUUUUCAAGAUAUUCUCGCGUCAGCCCUCGGUGGCAUAUAUUAUACGUCGUCCUCCUCCCAGCAUUCUUCACCUUCAUAGCUUUCAUUGGCGUCGCCGUUUCCUCUGCCGGGCAGGCAAAGUACCAUACUGAGUCCAUCCCGUGGGAUCCCAACGUCCUUAUCUCACUCUGGAGCAAUCGGUCAUGCCGAUUCUUUGGGGCCUUUUCUUUUGCUCUUGCCGCACUUGGGUCUAAUAUCUCUGCGAACUCGCUGGCAGCAGCGAACGACUUCACCGCGCUUGCACCCCUAUUCCUCAAUAUUCGACGCGGUCAGGUACUUUGUGCUCUACUCGCCUGGGCAUUAGUUCCCUGGAAGAUUCUUGCCUCAGCUGGCAAUUUCCUCAACUUCAUGUCCGCUUACGCUAUUUUCCUCGGACCCAUCGCUGCCAUUAUGCUAUGUGAUUACUGGAUCGUUAAGCACCGGAGAUACGACUGCGUCGCUUUGUAUCAGCCAAUGGGUAUUUAUCGAUACUUUCACGGGUUCAACUGCCGUGCUCUGGUAGCUUUUGUAAUAGGCAUAGCACCCAGUCUCCCAGGCCUGACGCAUUCGGUCAAUUCAAAUAUUGUCAUUGGCGUCGGUGUUUAUCCGUAUAAUUUUGGUUGGCUUCUAGGAUUUGCUGGAAGUACAUUAAUUUUCCUUGGACUGAAUUUCUGGUUUCCUUACGCGAAGGCCGAGAUCGCUAUGGCUGUUCUUCCAGAUGACAUUCUUGAAGGAAAUGUGCUAGAUGAAGGAAUUAUAGUGCUUGAGAGUGAAGUGAGUCAAAGACCGGGAAGUCCGUCGGGUGAGGAUCUCAAAAAGGACACGGAAAUCAAGGAAGUAUAG